ACAUACAAUCUGCUGUAUCACCUGGUGGAUGCCUCCUCCAAUCGCCGUUGAAUCGGGGAAACUUCCCGGCUGCUGCUCGUCACCCGAUCGGGGCCACCCUCCCUGCCUUGCUUAAGCCUUAAACGCCUCUUUAAAACACAAAGUACCAACUACGUACCUUCUCCUCUUCUGCCACGGCCGCCAUGCCGACUUCCAAUACUUCUUCCCCCGUCAAGCGCCCCGGACUGGGCCGUCGUGCUGUUUCCUCUCACGCCGUCGUCACGCGCACCCCUUCCAACCAAGGCGAGCUGUCUCAGUCCCAAUCUUCCAACACCACCCAGAAAGCCCCCUCAAGGCCCCAUCGUCCCCAUCUGGUCGGCGGGGGCCAUCGCAACCAUCACCGCAACCCCUCUUUCGGCAAAAAUCUGCACAAGCUACAAAGACACCUCUCCAGCCAUCAAAUCGGCCCCGAAGCUUCCGCUCGCGUGCAUCAACGCAAGAAGUCCGCCCCUGCGACUCCUGCCGCCAGCCCGCGUGGGCAUCACGUACGUUGGGAUGGAUUGGAGGAAGAAUCACACCGCACAGAAGGAUCAAUGAAGAAGAACAAUUCUAGUCCUGCCCUCCGACGCGACACGUCCGUCGUCCUCGGAAAGAAGGCCCUGGUCACCGAUCGUCCGCAUACGAGCUCCGGGAAGAAGAAAACGGUCGGAUUCGAGUUGGCGGAUUCCGACGACGACGCUGAUUGGGAAGAUACUACGCAGUCGCCUGAAAGUACGCGACGCAGCUCGGUGGCACAAUCCAAAGAGAGUGUGGAGAAUCCUGCUGUUCUGGUCGACCCCCUUACCUUCGUCAAGCGCUCUUACCCGCAGUUCGCUCGAGCCACCAGCUUGCCUGAGUCGACGAGCAAGAGUUUCGGUGAACACCACGAUUCGGACGAAGACGAGGACAACGACAACGGCGACGAAAACCCACCGAAGCGCCCGUCCGAUUCUGACGAGACACCCGUUGAGAUCGUGCGUCCUAGUGAGAACGGCGUCAUCGCAUCACGAAUCCUGAGUCCCUCCAUCUCGGCUAGAGCACCCCCCGCCAUGUCUUCCAUUUCCGCGACCGUCAAGCCGACCGUGAUGGAUCAGUCUUCUCGCAAUGCAUCUCUCACCAACUUAGCAUCCGGCCAUGACGGUACUCGACGGCCCAUGUCCUCCUCUAUUACCACAUUAGCAAACACGCCUGCCCAUGCCACUUCCUCAUCCAUCGAAGGCGGCGUCUCAAAGUUCAUCAUCAGCAACAAACCCGCAACGAACUCUUAUUCCCGCACGGAUUCGGAUCCAAACACCCCAUCUUCUUUCCUCCCACAUUAUCAUCCUCAGACUCCACCAUCUCCAAAUCGCGCUAGUAGUGCGAGAAAAACACGAACAUCGCCGCCUUCGAGGCCCCCAGGCGCAGAGCCCCAUUCUCGCACACAGCAGAAGCUCUGGUUACAGCGGACUGCAGCAUUGAACACAUCUCCGCCUGACGGCGUGUCCACCGUAACCCCUCCCUCCGUCGUGGACCCGAGUUUCGCCGCACCUCACACUCGACCGGGUGCGAAUGCUUUCGAGCCGGGCCGGGGACUCGUCAACGGGUCUGCUCGAGCCAGCGGAACUGCACACGAUAGCGAAGCCAAGCACGUUCGGAAAGCAUACGAAAAGACAACUUUGGAACUGACCGUCGUGCGCCGAUUCCAAUCUCCCACUGGCGACAGUUUCAGGCGCUUAACUGCUAUUCUCAAUGAUUCGCGAGGCGCGAGCUCGAGUUUAGACCGACCGUCAUCGCUCGGCAAACCCAUUAAAUCUGCGCCGGCCCUAACUCACCUUCGCGACAGCAAACGCCAGGAAAGCAGCCAGGGCAGCGCUAGCCCAGAACCUAGACAAUUAAUUGGAAGAAAGCAAGGGGAUAUGCACACCUCCGCUUCUCAGACCUACCUGCAAGAACCCGACGACCUUGUGAGUGAGUCUACGGAUCCGACCGCAUCUGGCAGCAAAUCUCAACAUCCCUCUCACCGCAUCCUCUCCACAUCUGACGAACCCGCCCACCCCGAUCCUGCUACGACCGAGAGAGUCCCAGGAGCGGAUAAUCUACGCCACCCUCACGAAACUGAGCUCAUGAUGCGUCGCAUAUGGGAAAGUCGCGAAGUAGCUACAGCCGGCUGAUAGAGAGAUGACCAAAAGAGAUCUUACAUGUACAGUACAACCCCCCCCCUUUUUUUUUCCACCGGUCUACCAUAGUUCCCCAUUUGCUACUUGUCCUUAUGUUGUAAGGUGUUACGUGGGUUACAUCUUUCUGUUAGCGUUCCAACAAUUCUGUUUUAUCUUUUCAGUUGACCUAUGA